GUUCCGCGCAUGCGCCGUGGCGUCUCUGCUGCGGUGCGCCGGCUGCCAAGGAAACGCGCGCGCGUGCACGCGGAGGAGGCGCGCCCCCUUCCAUCCGAUUCUCAGUAGAGCCGCUCCUGAUCUCCUCCUCCUCCUCCUCCUCCUCCUCAGCACCGUGUCCACAAUCACACCGUGACCAUGGCGCAGGUCGGUAAAGCCCACGGCUCGUGAGGUGUAUUUAACCGAGGAGCUGCUGCUGGAGUGAACAGAGAGGGAGGAGAGCGUCACAGCUGCAGCCAUGCCACUGGUGAAGCGGAGCAUUGAGCCCAGGCACCUGUGUCGAGGAGCGCUGCCUGAAGGUGUGACCAGUGAGCUGGAGUGUGUGACCAACAGCACUCUCGCGGCCAUUAUCAAACAGCUGGGAGGACUCAGUAGACAUGCAGAGGACAUCUUCGGAGAGCUGUUUAACGAAGCUAACAGCUUCUAUAUGCGUAUGAACAGCCUGCAGGAGAAAGUGGAUCUGCUGGCAGUGAAGGUCACACAACUCGACUCCACUGUUGAAGAGGUUUCCCUGCAAGACAUCAACAUGAGAAAGGCCUUCAAGAGCUCCACCAUCCAGGACCAACAGGUGGUCUCCAGAAACUCCAUCCUGAACUCAGUGAUGGAGAUGUACCAACGCUGUGACAAGCCACCUCCUCUCAACAUCCUCACUCCAUACAGAGAUGACAAGAAGGACGGCCUGAAGUUUUAUACAGAUCCCUCGUACUUCUUUAACCUCUGGAAGGAGAAAAUGCUGCAGGCCACAGAGAACAAGAGAAAGGAAAAGAGAAGGCAAAAGCAAGAGCAGAAACAUCUCGAAGAUCCGACUCGAGAAGUGAAGAAGGUGAGGAAGGCUCGAAACCGGCGUCAGGAGUGGAACAUGAUGGCUUAUGACAAGGAGUUCCGUCCAGACACUCGCCUCACGCCGUCUCCAUACCACGGCGUCUCGUCUGAAGGCUCCUUAUCUCCGGACAGGUCUGGAAUGUCGGAUGAGCACUCGUACCCCACCAGCCCCAACCACCCUCAGGAUACAGGUGGCGCAGGAAGUGAUGGGAAGGACACCGGCCCCACCCAGACCCAGUCCCUGGACCGUGCGUAUCGGCCCCCUGUCUCCACCUCCGCCAGCACCCGCCAACACUCACUGGGUCGUGUGCAGCAGCAUCAUGGAGCUCCGCCCCCUGACCCCUCCGUUAAUGGCCCCCGACCUUCUGCUGCCAAAGAUUACAGUGGCCAUCAGAUGCAGGAACAUUUCAUCCCUCCUGCUCCUCCUCCUCCUCCCCCAGUAAUCCCCUCGGCUCAGACAGCCUUCGACAGCACCUCUGUUCCACCGGCUCUGGCACCGGGGACAGUGUCAGCUCUGUCACGUCCCUACAGCCCGUCUCCUCCGCCUGUACCACCUUCAGCUUAUGUCCCGUCUCCUUCCCACCCUGUGAGCGCUGGAGGUCCUCCAGUUGCCCCGCCCCCUCCACCUCCAGGACCCCCCACACACGCUCCAUCACCGGCCAGAGCUGCUGCGCAUCCAUCUGGAGAGGGUACGCUGCCCAGGAAGGGCACGGUGCCCCUGAUACCCAUAAGCGAUGCUCGCAGCGACCUGCUGGCUGCCAUCCGCAGAGGUAUCCAGCUGCGUAAAGUGCAGGAGCAGAGAGAGCAGGAGGCGAAGAAGGAGCCGGUGGGUAACGAUGUGGCCACCAUUUUGUCUCGCCGCAUCGCGGUGGAGUACAGUGAAUCAGACGAGGACUCCGAGCCCGAGGAGAACGAGUGGUCUGACUGAGGAGAGAACCUGACCGGUCAUGUGCUGUACACACUGCUGCUAAUUUCCCGCACCAGAACACACACUCUCUUCAUACAGACAGACAGACAGAGGGACAGACAGACAGAUAGACAGACAGACAGAGGAACAGACAGACAGACAGAUAGACAGACAGACAGAGGAACAGACAGACAGACAGAGGGACAGACAGACAGACAGACAGACAGAGGAACAGACAGACAGACAGAGGGACAGACAGACAGACAGACAGACAGAGGAACAGACAGACAGAGGGACAGACAGACAGACAGACAGAGGAACAGACAGACAGAGGAACAGACAGAGGGACAGACAGACAGCCAGAGGGACACACAGACAGACAGACAGAGGGACAGUCAGACAGAGGAACAGACAGAGGGACAGACAGGGACAGACAGACAGACAGAUAGACAGAGGGACAGACAGACAGAGGGACAGGCAGACAGAUAGAUAGACGUAUUUAUUACCAACUACACAAGAGUAAAAAUAAGAGCAGGGAAAGGUGCAGUGGAGAGAAGGCAGGACUGAGUGAGAGGAAGAAGGGAGCGUGCAAUAGAAAGGAUGUGUGGAACGGCAGAAGAAAGAUGAGAGCGAGGGAUGGAAGAAAUAGAAGAAAUAGCAGUGUGGCUGGUUGGUGACGUUUAUAUUGUACGUAAGCACAGAAGUCUAUCAUACAGUGAGAACUUAAAAAUACAAUAUAUGUAUUUGUUCCUUCAGAGUUGUUCAACGUUGCCAAGAAUACUUUACUUGUUGUGUGCUUUUGAUUAGAGUUUUUAAUAUUUGUCCAGAGAAUUAUAAACGUGUAACAGUACACAUUUCACCAAGACAUCCAUUUAGCAGUGGUAUAUACCGUAUACUGUAUAUAUACACACAUGUAUUAGCGUUAUAUAAAGAUAAGAAGCAUGAUAGAGUACUGCUUCCACUACCAAUCUCUCCAGGAUGUCUGUCUGCGUAUGUGAUACUCUCAGUAAAUUAUUAUUAUUAUUAUUAUCAUUAUUACGGACGCUGAACACGCCGCUCAGCAGUACACCUGUAACCAGAUCCGCAGUACCGCUGCUGUACCACACUUUCCACAACUCUCAAUUAUCAGAUAUUUCAUUUGUCACUUUGUUUAACUGUUGAGUGUUGUGGUGCGUAACUUAGUGACUUGUUUAUCCUUCUCAGUGGAUGCUUAUGGACAUUACUGAAUCUGAAUCUGAAAGUCAUGACCUUCUUGUUUUUUUUUCUUUCUUUCUGUAAAAUUAAUGAUCAAAGAUGGCAUUAAUGUGUGUGUGUGUGUGUGUGUGUGUGUGUGUGUGUGUGUGGAGGUUGGAUGUUGGUAGAGAGUGAGCUACUAAUAUCUAAAGUUUAUGUUGUGAUAUGUUUCACACACCUCCAGCUGUUAGAUGUAUGUAAACGUAACUAAAUGCUCCCACAGCUGGACUCGACACAGCUGGUGGUCUGUUGUGAUCCGUCAUUACCAUAUGUAAUUUAUAACUACAUUAUUAAUGUGUUUUACAAUUUAUUGUAUAGAUUUUUGUAACACUGCUUGUAAGAUGAAUUUGGGUAUCUAAGUAUAAAAGAACUAUUUAUCACAUGGAACAAAUAUAGAUCAAAUAUGCAUGUGUGCGUAGUUAAUAAAACAGAGUAAAAAAUGUUAUGAAUGAUA